AUGUACUGCGCACCCGUACACCAGCCUGCACCACAAAGAGCACCCCCGUACACCAGCCUGCACCACACAGAGCACCCCCGUACACCAGCCUGCACCACACAGAGCACCCCCGUACACCAGCCUGCACCACACAGAGCACCCCCGUACACCAGCCUGCACCACACAGAGCAACCCCGUACACCAGCCUGCACCACACAGAGCACACCCGUACACCAGCCUGCACCACACAGAGCACACCCGUACACCAGCCUGCACCACACAGAGCACCCCCGUACACCAGCCUGCACCACACAGAGCACCCCCGUACACCAGCCUGCACCACACAGAGCACCCCCGUACACCAGCCUGCACCACACAGAGCACCCCCGUACACCAGCCUGCACCACACAGAGCACCCCCGUACACCAGCCUGCACCACACAGAGCACCCCCGUACACCAGCCUGCACCACACAGAGCACCCCCGUACACCAGCCUGCACCACACAGAGCACCCCCGUACACCAGCCUGCACCACACAGAGCACCCCCGUACACCAGCCUGCACCACACAGAGCACCCCCGUACACCAGCCUGCACCACACAGAGCACCCCCGUACACCAGCCUGCACCACACAGAGCACCCCCGUACACCAGCCUGCACCACACAGAGCACCCCCGUACACCAGCCUGCACCACACAGAGCACCCCCGUACACCAGCCUGCACCACACAGAGCACCCCCGUACACCAGCCUGCACCACACAGAGCACCCCCGUACACCAGCCUGCACCACACAGAGCACCCCCGUACACCAGCCUGCACCACACAGAGCACACCCGUACACCAGCCUGCACCACACAGAGCACACAUAUACAGAAUGCUCUCUACCCAGCCUGUACCACACAGAGCUCUCUAUACAGAUUGUAUCUUUGCUGCUGCACACCACAGUGAAGUGA